AUCUCGCCAGCUCUCUUGAACUUUUUAGGACAUCAGGAGCAAAACAAUUGAAAGAGUGCUAUCGACACGCCGGCGUUUUCCAGUCGCGAUGGCGCUGUUACAUAAAAAGUCUUCAGAAAUUCCGGAAGACGCUGUCCGUUUGAGCGAGGAGGAUGCAAUCCAGUACUUCUUGAGCUUGGUAAAAAAUUGGGAAAACCAAUCAGAAGUCUGGCCAAUCGUUUACACACCUGGGAUACUUGGCGCUGGCACGGUAAUUUCUGGAUUUUACAUCAACAAUUACUACCGCCGGGUGCUGAAGCUGGCCAAUUAUGGCAGAUUCUCAAGCUAUUUGCCAGCGGUUGCGCUACCGGCGAUCAUGGCCACCGUAUUUCACUCUACGUUCGUGCUACCAGAUGUAAUGCUGCGAAAGGAACCGUGCCCAGUUUGUCUGCAAACACGUGCUGCUGCAUUUCAAGGUGCAUUUGCAGUAGCAUAUCCAAUGAUGCUGGUGCCGCUCUCAUCAUUUAUGUUUGCCACUCGACAUUUCACAUACCGGCUGCCAUCGAUUGUGGAGAAACCGAAGGAGGUGUUGAAACUGUAUAGGAAAUUGUCCGGACCUAUUAUGCUGCCGGUUACGUUGAUGCUUGCAUUUAACGUUGCACUGGCCAUUUUCUUGACCGGCAAAGAGUUCGAAACGGUUUAUAAGAUAAACUUCCGGAUGCUUGAGCUAGAACGGCAAUUUGAGGAUCAGGCUGCCUUUGUUGAUCAGUCGUAACUAUGAUGGGAUAAGGAUGUUUAUUCCUUUACGAAGUUUGUACAGUAAACCAAAAUCGAACGUUAAUAGAGAGUCAUAGCGUAAAUAAAAUAU